UCUUUCCUUUUCCUGCCUACUCUUUCCAUCCGUCCCUGUCUCAUUCUGCAAUCUCACCAAAGGAAAAUGUUGCGCCAGUAAAGUUUCAACCAGGCUUGCAGUAAUAUGAAAUUAUUUUGUUGCGCUUAAUUAUUGCGUUUUUUCGUGAUUGCUACCAGUGCUUCGAUCUUUUGAAAAAUAUUUACUGAAAAUGUAACAACGUUUUAUAUAGCAAUUUAAAUUCGUUAUGGAAUCUGAAUCCGGAACGACAAACACAAAAAUCUCCGAUUCAGGAUAUUCAAACAGCUGUAGUAACAGCAAUUCGCAAAGAAGUGCAAGCUCUAAGUCCCGCCACAGUGGGAGUAACUCGAGUAGAAGUAGUGGCUAUUGUGGGACUACUAAUCCGGACGAAAGCGGCGAGAUUGGAUUCCAACCACCUAAACGUAACAAAGAACACAAAAAGAAAAAACUCAAGUCGGCGAAUUCAACAAAUGGUGGCAACGUUUCGUCAGUUGCAGCAACCGCGCCUUCAGACAAUAGAAACAUUUGUGUUAUUUUAAAGGAAGACAGUGCUGAAGCAACCAUGGGUGUUGAAGUUCUUCCGGUUCCUGUUGUUGAAACAGCGGUUCCUUCAACCGAUUUAGUUGAAACGAACGAACCCGACCCCAUCUCCCCCUCAGUGCCAGUCACAGCGGAGACACCACCUCCAGAUAAAGAAAUGUCCUGGACCGACCAACAAAGCCAACACACCGAAAAAGAGACAUUGAAUGCUGCGAGCGUUCCAAUGGAAACCUCCGUUGAGAAAACCAAAGUCACGGAGGAUGGUUUCUGCUGCGUCAUUUCCAUGUAUGAUGGAGUUGUUUUGUACACAACCCCAAGUCUGACUGCAGUUUUGGGUUUUCCGAAAGACAUGUGGUUAGGGAGAUCGUUCAUUGAUUUUGUGCAUCCCAAGGAUCGGGAAACUUUUUCUAGUCAAGUCACUACUGGCAUUGCUUUGCCUUUGGUCGACUCUCAAGGGAAAUUCAAAGAUAUUAAAAAUUCGCUUUAUGUCUGCCUCCGUAAAUAUAGAGGGCUCAAAUCGUCCGGCUUUGGUGUUGUUGAGAAGGCAGUGUCGUACCAAGCGUUUCAGUUGACUGUUACCUUCAGACACUUGAAUGACACGCCAGACUCGAAAAAACUGCUAGACACCAAUGGGGGAAUGUUUCUCGUAGUCGUAGCAAAUCCUGUAUAUUCCUCGUACAAAGUUCCUGAAGAGCGAGUAAAGUUUGCCAAAUUUGGCAUGAGACACACCGCUGCGUGCACUUUCAGUCAUGUGGACCCGGACGUGGUCACAAAUUUCGGUUUUUUGCCACAGGACAUGUUAGGAAAAUCAAUUUUUGAUUUCUAUCAUCCUGAAGACAUGUCGUUCCUCAAGGAAGUCUACGAAUCUGUUAUGACCAUGUGCCAAAUAGCUGGAUCGGUGUUUCGCAGCAAACCGUACAGAUUUGCUGUGCAAAACGGCGGUUUUGUUAUGAUUGAAACAGAGUGGUCCAGCUUUGUCAAUCCGUGGUCAAGGCGUCUCGAAUUUGUAAUAGGCCUCCAUCGGGUUUUACAAGGACCGAAAAACCCGGAUAUUUUUGACCAAAACAAGGAAGAUGAGAAAAAAUAUAUCCCUGAAGAAGUACUCAAAGAGAGUAAGGUGAUUCAAGGUGAAAUUUUAUUGUUACUAAACAAGGAAUUGUCAAGGCCGUCCGAAGCGGCAAAACAUGAGGUUUCAAAGAGAUGCAAAGAUCUUGCAAAUUUUAUGGAAUAUCUUAUGGAUGAAGUAAAUAAAAGUAAUUUACAACUAGACUUACCUCAAGAUACCGAUCCCACCAUUUCGGUAAGUCUAAGACGAAUGGAACGUGAUUCUGUGAUGUUGGGCGAAAUAUCCCCACACCAUGACUACUACGACAGUAAAUCGUCGUCAGAGACACCCCCUAGCUAUAACCAACUGAAUUAUAACGAAAACAUCCAGAGAUUUUUUCAAAGCAAACCUAAGACCACAAUUUCGGACGAAAGCAGCGAACGUCCGAGCGCCUCAAACGAUACAGAUCCUGAAGGCAAAAUUUUACCUUCAGUUCAACAUUGUGCCAACAAUCAAAAGUGUCUUUCCCCCGUUGGAAACAGCGGAGCUUCCGGAAGCGGAAGCGCCGGAAACCUGAGUUCAGUCAGUAACCCCAACAUGGAAAGCGCUACAACAAGUGCCACCAACACCUCCAACGACUCCUACAAACCCCUCCUCCUAACAGAAGCGAUUUUGUACAAACAUAACGAAGACAUGGAAAAAAUCAUGAUCAAGCGACACCGGGAACAAAGAUCCGUCACUCGAGAGAGUAAAAAAUCGCACCACAAACACGAAAAGGCAAAUGCUGGUGAUAAAACGGUGGAGAAAAAUGAUUACAGUCAAGGUCAUGGGGUGAAACGAAGCGUUUCGCAUUCGUGGGAAGGCGAAAGUCACAAAAUUACCAAACACAAACAUCUCACAGGGAGGAAUAAUAACCAAAACCAGGACCAGACACGAAUGAAGCCGCCACAAGUACCAACUAACAAUGACAGUAAAAACGAAAAUGUGUACCAGCAAGGGAUGAAUGAUGUGAAUUUGUGGCCCCCAUUUUCGGUCACCGUUACCCCAAUGAGUAACACCCAAAAUUUGAACGUUACCUCAAACGCCAAUCCUCUGGGAGGUCUUGCCACAAGAAUGUUCCCCCUUUAUUACAUACCAACACAGCAGAGGGGCUUCGAAGGCAGUGUUAACGAUCCCAGAUAUCAAGUUCAAUACAUGCCAGGGAUGAUCUACAAUUACAACCCCAUAUUCCCGGCCCCUCCCAUCCUAUGUUCCCCCCUUCCAGUGUUGCCAAUCCCAGUUCCUCCCUCGGUGUCAUCAGUGAAUCCAGAAAUGUGCCAUCCUCCAAAUGAGGCUUCAGCUGAAUACAAGAGCAAAGUCCCCCAAUUCCAGAGACCUGCCUCCCAAGCCACUUCGGUCAAAGCUGAGCCUGGGAGUGCCUUAGGGUCCAUAGCAUCGGCCAGUGUGGCCAAUAAGGCAAUGUCUGAGUGUUCGCGUAAGGACCUGACGCUUCAGUCAGUGUGUUCUCCCGAUUCUCCAUUGGUUAGUCCUCCUGAUGGGGAGACUCACAUGGAGAGUUUUCAGUUGAACCAAAAGAUGAAUAAUCUAAACGAUCGAGCUGCUCUUUUUCGCGAUAAUAACAUUAUUGACGAUGAGAGCUGUUUUUCCUCGUCUUAUUCCUCGUUUUUGAAAACCGAUUACGGCUCUGGGUCCAAUGACGAUGCUAAUGUUUCGCAACCUGAAGGCGGCCCAAAACACCGCAAAAAUGUGCCAAUAAGGAAACGAGACCCGCCGUGGCUCGAAGCAGUGACAAUAACCCCCGAAAUAAUCUACAAAUAUCAAAUGACGGUGAAAAGUUUGGACGAUAUCCUUGAGGCAGACCUCCACACUUUGAAAAAAAUCGAUCAGCCAAUGCUCGUAAACGACCAAUUAAACCAGCUUUAUAUCGAAAUGGAAUUAGAGGGAUUAUCGACGAAAUUAACGCUGGAGGAAGGAAUUACGUCUAGCAGCAGCGGGGAUGAAAUUAGUACCAACUCAUCAAAACAGAAGAAAAAAAGGCGGUCGCAAAGUGCAGUCAUGAUGAUGUUCUACGAAGAAAACGCCCCUCUACCCUCACCAAACAAGUCAUAAAACUCCAAUUCACCAGAGUGUUACUAUUUUUAUAAAAUUUGCACUGGUUUUGUUUUUUUAUUGCUACUUCUGGCGCAAUUUUUGAUGUUGUAGAGUAAAGAACUUUUUACACUAUUCUUCUAUUUAGAUAAUUCUUGUAUUUAAAUCCCACGUUGUAUAACUUGAAUAAAAAUUUGA